CCUCCCUCGACUCAGACCUUAAAAACGGAUGGCGCGUUUGGACUCUGCAGAGUGGCUGUGGGCAAACGGGCCACGCCUCUGAGCCUCCAGCCGUCGGAGCCACCAGCUCGGGGGGUCGUGAGAGCUGGGCAUUGCCUCCACUCAGACACCCCUAACCCCAAUCCCCACGCUGUUAGGAAACCCCGGUUCUGCCGAGGCGGCACGUGCAGCGGGGCUCGGCCAAGGAGGCACUUUUCUCGGUCCCCAUCCCCAUCCCAGCGCCCCGAGUUCUGACAGCGCCUCCUGGCUCCAGAGUGAGCGCUAAGGCUCUCACAGCAGGUGUCCGGGGCGGGCGUCCCACUUUCUGCAGACGCUCGGGUUGUCGUCUUGCCCCCGCCCCUUCUCGGAGCCCGCUGUCGCUCGCCGCUGGAAACCGUGCCUCUUUGCAGCAUGGCCACCGGGCUCAGCCUCGACGACCCCCUGCUGCCCAUCGCGCUGUCCGCACAGCAAGCCACGCUCCUGCUGCUCCUCUCGGUGCUGGCCGCCGUGCACGUGGGCCAGUGGCUGCUGCGGCAGCGGCGGCGCCAGCCAGGGUCCGCGCCCCCGGGGCCCUUUGCGUGGCCGCUGAUCGGCAACGCCGCGGCGAUAGGCCCCGCGCCGCACCUCUCGUUCGAGCGCCUGGCGCGGCGCUACGGCGACGUGUUCCAGAUCCGCCUGGGCAGCUGCCCGGUGGUGGUGCUGAACGGCGAGCGCGCCAUUCGCCAGGCCCUGGUGCAGCAGGCCACCGCCUUCGCCGACCGGCCGCCCUUCGCCUCCUUCCGCGUGGUGUCGGGCGGCCGCAGCCUGGCGUUCAGCCAGUACUCGGAGCGCUGGAAGGCGCAGCGGCGCGCGGCGCAGGGCACCAUGCGCGCCUUCUCCCCGCGCCAGCCGCGCAGCCGCAGCGUCCUCGAGGGCCACGUGCUGGGCGAGGCGCGCGAGCUGGUGGAGCUGCUGGUGCGCGGCAGCGCGGGCGGCGCCUUCCUCGACCCGCGGCCGCUGACCUUGGUGGCCGUGGCCAACGUCAUGAGCGCCGUGUGCUUCGGCUGUCGCUACGGCCACGAGGACGCCGAGUUCCGCGAGCUGCUCAGCCACAACGAGGAGUUCGGGCGCACGGUGGGCGCGGGCAGCCUGGUGGACGUGCUGCCCUGGCUGCUGCGCUUCCCGAACCCGGUGCGCACAACCUUCCGAGAGUUCCAGCAGCUCAACCGCAACUUCAGCAACUUCGUCCUCGACAAGUUCCUGCGGCACCGCGAAAGCUUCCGUCCCGGGGCCGCCCCCCGCGACCUGAUGGACGCCUGCAUCCUCUCGGUGGGAAAGGAGGCGGCCGAGGGCUCGGGCGACAGCGCCGCGCGGCUGGACGAAGACUACGUGCCGUCCACUGUCACCGACAUCUUUGGCGCCAGCCAGGACACGCUCUCCACCGCGCUGCAGUGGCUGCUCAUCCUUUUCACCAGGUACCCUGACGUGCAGGCUCGGGUGCAGGCAGAACUGGAUCAAGUCGUGGGUCGAGACCGUCUGCCCUGCCUGGAUGACCAGCCCAAACUGCCCUACAUCAUGGCCUUUCUUUACGAAGCCAUGCGCUUCUCCAGCUUAGUGCCCAUCACCAUUCCUCACGCCACCACCGCCAACGCCUCUGUCUUGGGCUACCACAUUCCCAAGGACACGGUGGUGUUUGUUAACCAGUGGUCCGUGAAUCAUGACCCCGUGAAGUGGCCUAACCCAGAGGACUUCGAUCCCACCCGGUUCUUGGACCAGGACGGCUUCAUCAACAAGGACCUGGCCAGCAGCGUGAUGAUUUUUUCAAUGGGCAAACGGCGCUGCAUUGGGGAAGAGAUUUCCAAGACACAGCUGUUUCUCUUCAUUUCCAUCCUGGCUCACCAGUGCAAUUUCAAGGCCAAUCCCGACGAGCCCGCAAAAAUGGAUUUUAAUUACGGCCUGACCAUUAAACCCAAGUCAUUUAAAAUCAACGUCACUCUCAGAGAGUCCAUGGAGCUCCUCGACAGGGCUGUCCAAACGUUGCAAGCCGAGGAAGACUGCCAGUGAGAAGCCAGAAGCAAGCUGGAAUUUUAGAAGGACUCAAGUUUUGGGGGAUGGGGAGUAAAAUUUUCCAGCUCCUCUGUGCCACUUUCUCAGUUCGCCUCUAAAGUGAGCCCAGAUCCGCACUGGGCUGUGCAGGAGCUCUGGGAAGAUUUCUUUUCAGUCCAAGAGUGAAGAGGCCCAAAGAAGUUUUAUACAUACAUCGAAUGCUGGUAAUAACUUCUCCAGAGAGCAUUCUUUGGAGAUAAAACACAUUUGGGCACACAUGCAGAACUACCUGAUGAAAAGGUACUUCCAAUUCCAUGCUUUCGUGGGUGGGAUCGCAGGUGGAUGUUGUGUGUGCUGAACAGCCGUAGAAAACCGUAUUGAGCAAAGUUUUAGAAUAUAUUGUUGAAUAUGCAAAGGCACAUAAUUUCAGUGUAAGACAUGUGGUUGAGGGUGAGAGGGAAAAGAUUCAGACCCGAAAGUUCCUUCUCACCUUGUCAAUACAAUAGCUUAGUUAGGCUCUGGUAUCUGUGGACGGAUUUAUGUUUUGGCCUACUGAUGUGCUUUCUCAUAUUUUUUUGAGUGAUUCAUAAAGUCAUUUGCUGAAAAGGAAAUUAAUAGUAGUUGGUUUUAUGAUUAUAAUGGGUUUCAGUGAUUUAUCAUUAAUUAUAAAAUGUAAAUUGUUAAAUUGUAAAACAUUCCAACCUGUGUUGAUUGCCAAAGUACAGAAUUUCAAUUAUAAGCAGCAUCCGCCCGCCCCCCCCCCCGAAAAAAAGCAAGAUUUACCAGUCCAGCUAAGCUUUAAAUUAUGUAAUUGCAAUGCACUGAGUUCAGUAAUUAGCAUAGCUUUAAAAAAAUCACCCAAUAGUACUCAGUAUGUAUACAUAUAUAAUUAUUCAUAGGCAAUAUGUAUUAGUUAUUUUAUUAUUAAAUUCUUAGUAUUAAUUAUUUUGGUCAGGAAAAGGUUGUAUAAUAUAUAUCUUUUAUAUUGUCAUAGAAAAUUGAAAAGUAUAACCAAUUCAACUAAUUCUGGCUCAAAUACAUGAAAUGAGUUAGAUUAAUUUCCUAUUUUUGACAUGGAAACCAAGUUGAAGCAGUCUUGUCUUUCAUCCAAAACACAAAAAUCUAAAAAUUGGGUCUGCAAGAUGUCUUCCUUAUUACUUUACAAUAUAUUUAUAAAAAUUCUAUUCAUAAUACAGAAUCUCUUUUAAAAAUUGAUCAAGUUAAUAUGUUAUAAUUCCCAAACUCUUGGCAUGCUUAAAUUUUAAUUUAAUUUUAAAGACAUUCUGAUUAUUGAGAACCAGUUGAAGUUACUGGAAAUCUCACCAUUAGCCAUUGGAACGCAGAGAAAUUUCAUCUGUGUUUCCUGAUGAACAGCGAACAAUGCAACAAAUUACCUGAAUGUUAUCUUUAUUAAGAAAGAAGAGGGAAAAUUUCCAUUAUAACAGACCUAGUUUUCCUUUUAAAUUAUUUAAAAAAUAACAUUACUAUCAGUGUUUUGGAAAGUCAGAGUCAGAAGGUAGUCUCAGGAGGCUGUUUUGAGGACUGCAUUGUGUGUCACUGAAGCUGAUCGGAUAAACUGUGUUGUCUAAGAUGGCCAACCCAGUGAGCCGUCCCUUUGGUAACUGUGAAAACAUAAAGCUUGAACAAAAUGCACACAUUUAGUUUGUACAAAUAAUCUAAAAACCUUUAAAAAAGUGAUGGAAGAUUGUAAGAGUACAAAAUGAAGUUUGAAGAUUUAACUUUCAUCAAAAUUAUAAAGGAAGGAGUGUAUCAUGGUUGUGUGUGUAGGGGUGGAAAGAGAAAAGAGUAAAAAAUUGAAAAGGAAGAAAGAUGGUUAAACCACUCAUUCCAAAUUAAUUAAUUUGAAAUAAUGAAUAUUUAGAAAAAAGAUGUUUUUCAUGUACCUAUAUUAAAUCUCAAGUAGACUUAAAAAUCCACAACAUAUUAGAUCUAUUUUAUAACUCAAAAUUCUUUUUAAUCCUCACCUGAGGAUAUGUUUUUAUUGAUUUUUCUUUAGUGAGAGGGAAGGGGAAGAGAGAGAGAGAGAGAGAGAGAGAGAGAGAGAGAGAGAGAGAGAGAGAGAGAGA